AUGACAGAAUCAGGAUCUAGAUUCCUGCAGUAUAUGGCUGCUUCGACAGGUAAUCUAAAUAUAAUAGCCUGUGGAGCAAUUCUUGGAUGGACAAGUCCAAUACUGCCAAAAUUGUCGGAAGAUAAUCCAAUUUUACCUGAUAAUCAAUUACUACGUCCGAUAACCAAAAACGAAGGGUCGUGGAUUGGAUCAUUCGUCCCGUUGGGGAUCAUGUUUGGAAGUUUAGUUUCUGGUAAUCUUGGCGAAUGGCUUGGGCGUAAGAGAGGACUUCUUUUGAGUACGUUCCCUUUACUUCUAGGAUGGAUACUAGUAGGCACCGCAAAAGAUGUUAUUCAAAUAUAUGUUGGGCGCUUUCUACUGGGUAUAGGCUCUUCAGUUUCUUUUACACUCUUACCUAUGUACGUAGGUGAAAUAUCAGAUGCAUCAAUUAGAGGAGCUCUGGGCUCGCUCCUGCAGCUUUUUAUCACUUUUGGCUUUCUACUAUCUUAUUCACUUGGUCCGUAUGUUUCUUACACCAUAUUUUGGAUUUUCUGUGCGAGUUUGCACGUAACUUUCUAUCUAGGCUUCAUGUUAAUGCCGGAAUCACCGUCAUUUCUAAUGAGCAAAGGGCGCAAAACUGAGGCUGCUGAGGCGCUGGCUAAGUUCCGUGGAAAAAGUGUCGACGGCGUACAAAAGGAGAUUGCACAAAUGCAGGAAGAAAUCGAUGAAGCUUAUAGAAUUGAAACGACUUGGAGUGACAUAUUCAAAAACAAAGUCCAUCGAAAAGCCGUAAUAUUAACGAGCAUUUUGAUGUUCUUCGAAGAGUUCACAGGCAUCGACGUCGUAUUAUUUUAUGUCGAAGAUAUUUUCCGAGAUGCUAAAACCAAAAAUACUGCUAUAUCCGCUAUUAUUAUUGGAGUGGUUCAAUUACUUGGAUCUGUUUUAACGCCUCUAAUUGUCGACAGAUCAGGCAGAAAGAUUUUACUUAUUAUCUCUAGCAUUGGCAGUGGUAUUACUGUGGGGCUUCUGGCACUUUUCUUUUACCUCCGUGAAAUCAAGUGCGACUUGACUAAUUUCAUGUGGGUGCCAUUGACAACUUUAGUCAUAUACACAAUUGCUUAUGGCAUAGGUUGGGGUCCUCUACCUUGGACCAUCAUGGGUGAAAUUUUCGCGCCAGGAGUCAAAUCAAAAGCUUCCUCCAUCAGCGUCUGCGUAAUGUGGACGUGUUCUUUCCUGCUCACCAAAUUUUUCAUUAACGUCGAGGAAUCUUAUGGCAUCUACACGGGAUUUUGGUUUUUCAGCGCAUGCUGUGCCGUUAGCGUUGUAUUUUUAGUAAUUUUUCCGGAGACCAAGGGAAAAACACUCAAUGAAAUUCAAGAGAAGCUGGCUGGUCGACGUAAUCUUGAUUCUUGA